GUCAGUUGUCAGCUGCUCGUUGUCGAUUUUGCAUGGUUUUGUGUGUUGCGGGCUGAGUGCAUGAAAUUCUUCAAAACAUAAAUUGUUCGGCCAACGUUUAUGGAAAUCCGAAAGUGACGAAAAACUAUGUUUGAUUAGCAAUUGUGCGCAAGAAAUUGCCAGUGAUUUAGGUUCAAGUGGUGAAAAAUUGAAGUGGCUCAACUCAGUGCCAUCGCAAGUCGCCUUUAUUGGAAUUUCAAUUGAGAGUUCAGGGAGAAAUUGUCGCGGCAGCGUUGGAACAUUUUGGGGUAUAUGAGACGAUAUAUCGGGCAGAGAUUGUCUCCAACACGGAACUUGGCUGCGAAUUAAACGUAAAAAUAUUACUUUCAACUCUUUGGGAAGGAUACUAUGAAAUUAGAUGAAAUCGUAUGUUGGUAUCAAAAGAAAAUCGGAACCUACGACAAACAACAAUGGGAGAAAACAGUAGAACAAAAAAUUCUAAGUGGUUUUACCAAUGUAACAUUAAAGAAUGCUACACUAAAAACAGAGUUCAUAGAUGUCGAUUUAGUUAGAGGUUCAUCGUUUCCUAAAGCUAAACCAAAACAAACUCUUGUGACUGUGAUACGUUUAGCCAUAUUACGUUAUUUUUUUCUUCCAAUCUAUGCAAAAUGGUGGGUGGCGCAGACAUCGCCACAACUAUUUGUUAUCUUACUUUGUCUUUAUAUAUCGCAAAUGAUAAAUUGGGGCAUUUAUACAUUUCAUGCGAAUCGCGUAGAGCCUAACAAUUCGGAGACUUCUGUACCUAUCUCAGAGCUUCUUAUACCUAUUGCCUUAGGAUUAGUUUUAAGCCUUAUACAUUCGCAAAUUGUUGCAACAAAUACCUGCAAUGGAGUCAAUUCAAAUCGAAAGCGAACGAUUAGUAGUGGCAAGCCUCGCGAACGUGUCAGAAGGAGACGAAGGAUUACAAGAUUGCGCUUCUCAGAAUCGUCGUCUGGAAUUCCGUCCCAUAAUGGACACCGCAAUUGCAGCAACACCUCAUCCAAACCCCCCACAGAAUAUUUAUACCAUUCACAAAACUCCACUUUGGCUGAGAUGCCCGUACCUGUCCAAACUAAUCCUUCAAAUACAAAUGAAAUUAGAUGUAGUAAAAAUAUAUGUAAUGUAGGCUUAAGGACUUCGGUAAAGCCGAUAACUACACGAACUGAUAAAUUGCCAGAAGCUAAAACUAUACUGCUUAGUGAUAACAAACCGCAGCCAAGUCUUUACUUAGAUAAUACAUUAGUCCUAGACAAUGCCGCAGAGCAAACAGAUAGUUCUGAAGAACAAACCAUUGAAGAUUUAUCGACGACAGUAAUCCAGAAGAAACGAAAUGUUAAUUGGGAUUCGCCGGUACACAAUUAUGCAAGUAGCCUGGAAACUAUCAACACCAGUCCGACUAACAGUGGAUCAACUGAGACGAUACGAAACUCGCCCAAAACUAAAUCAGUCCGAAUAGAUGACACUGUUCGUGAAUUCUACUAUCAAUUAGUUGCACAAGCUGAAGAAUUGCCUCAAAUAAUGAUAGAAGCACAUCCAGCUGAACCUAUUGGGGAUGAUGAUGGAUUUGAAAGUUUGAAUGGAAAAAGUUCAAGUGGUGAAGAAAAUACCUUACUAGUCGAGAAUCAUCACAUGCUAGACAAUAGUAAUAAUAUCAGUAGAAAUAAUUUCCAGUCACAUUUAGACAAUAAUCAUUUACGGCGACGUAGGCAAAUGAAGAACCCGAGCCCAUCAGACGGAGAAUCGUGUACGGAAAAAGAUGAAAUUUCUGCUAUGAAUAAACACCGACUGUCGGUCGCUACACAUAGCUACCACCGCAAAGUACCGCUGUCAUCAGAAUCCGAUUAUGAGCGAUGUUCGCGUGCAGGAACUUUACCACAAAUGCGAAAUAAAUUAGGAUCACAAUCUGUAGAUCUUCUGCAUAAGAUUGGACGUAGCGAAGAUAGCAGUGAAGAUACGGAUGAAGAAGGCGAUGUAGGGGAAACUGCGCCUAGUCCAAUUUCAAUUAUCUCCAGCCCAAAUUAUAACGAAGGUGGAACAUCUGCAACAGAUUGGUUCGGGAUUACCACUAACAGCGAGGAAUGUAGCUAUAGUAGUGAAAUAGAAAAUACAGAUUUCACAAAUGAUGAUGGUUUAGAUCAUGACUAUACACCGACAGUCAUUUUGAAUCCAUCGGGAGGAUCAAAUGAUAGAAUAAAUUGCACCAUCUGGGACCGGCAUGACGUGAAAAAGGCGGAAAUGUCCGUGCUAGACAUCUCAUCUUGUAUAAUCGAAAGGGUCGAAGCAAUGCCAGAAACCUGUGACUACUUAUAUAUCGGCAUAGCAUUCUCGAUAUUUCUAAGCUUUGUACCUAUCUUCUGCCGAUUGUGUGAGCAAGCUACCGUCGAUGCGGAGAAUUCAAAUGAGAUAAACUACUUUGAAUUGCCAUUACUACUUCUAGAGAAAGCCUCAUUCUCAUUUUUGACCAUAUUGCACUUCGCUUUCGGAGAUUGUCUAUGGAAAAGGACAGUUCUGACAGUUGCAUUUCUACAGCGACUGUUUUUAACUGUGUUACUGUUCUUUUUGUUUGCAGUUGCAGAAAGGACCUUCAAACAAAAAUUCUUGUAUGCUAAAUUGUUUUCACAUUUGACGUCCUCGAGGCGAGCGCGAAAGUCCGAUUUGCCUCAUUUUCGACUGAAUAAAGUGCGAAACAUAAAAACGUGGUUAAGUGUACGAUCCUAUUUGAAGAGACGCGGUCCACAACGUUCUGUCGACGUUAUCGUCUCAGCUGCAUUCAUGAUCACAUUGCUACUGUUAGCAUUUUUAAGUGUGGAAUGGCUGAAAGACUCUGUGCAAAUCCACUCACAGCUUAACUUGGAAGCACUGCUUUGGUCAAGCGCAAUUGGCAUAUUUUUAUUGCGAUUUAUGACGCUUGGAAACAAAAUCAACAGAAAAUAUCGAAGCGUGUCCGUACUGAUAACUGAACAAAUUAACUUGUAUUUGCAGAUUGAACAAAAGCCGAAGAAGAAAGAUGAACUGAUGGUUUCCAACAAUGUACUGAAGCUUGCAACUGAUCUCCUCAAGGAAUUAGAAUCGCCAUUCAAGAUUUCUGGUUUGAGCGCGAAUCCAUAUUUGUAUACAACAAUCAAAGUUGUUAUAUUAUCUGCUCUCUCCGGCGUUUUGAGUGAAAUGUUAGGAUUUAAAUUGAAACUUCAUAAAAUUAAAAUUAAGUAAAUUAGCUGAUAGAAGUGAAGAAUGUGAAAAGUAGACGAAUUGAGAAAUUUUCAAAUUGAAAUUGAAAUUUCAAAGUAAUAAAAUU